UCGUGCGUAACGACGAUCAUCGUGGAGAUCCGGUGAAGGUGAAUCAGUCACAGAACGAGAGAGAGAGAGAGAGAGGGGGGGGGGUGGUGAGAGAGAAAGAGGAGAGAGAGAGAGUAGCACUUAAUAGAUGAGUCUCCUCCUCGUCUCAACACCUCAGCUGACAAGUCGAGCGAACGUGCAACUUCAACACGAACACAAACUAAAGUCGUAAGGGACCAACAGAGGGAGAAACUCAUAGAGGCGCGCACAGCUUCCAGCAGCGACCGUUGCCUGCGACAACGCGGAACCCACACCACUAUGGACAGAAGGAUGAACUUGAACGCCGGCGCAGGGGACAUUUUUCACAAAACUCUCAGCGCCGUGUCCACUAAAAAAAUGGACCCUUUCAGGUCGUCGGCCGGCAUUGAACUACCAGCCAGGGACCGCCAGUCACCGAUCAGCUGCUUCGACCAGACCGAUCAAGACUCGAUUCAGCCGGGAGGACUGGCAGGGGGUAGAGGGGGGCCACUUGGUCUGCCGACCGGAUCUCUGUGCGUCAAUUUCGGCGAGAGCGCGAACAGGACCUCGGCGGCGGAGAGCAGCGGCGGCGAGAGUCCCGACGAUGACAGUGACGGCAGGUGCGACAUGGUCCUUCUGACCGACGGGCGGACAGUGCCCGUGGGGAAAGGAGAAGGAGGUAAGAAAACCAAAGAGCAGAAAUCACUGAGGCUGAACAUCAAUGCGAGAGAACGACGGCGGAUGCACGACCUGAACGACGCGCUGGAUGAGCUCAGGGGGGUCAUCCCUUACGCGCACAGCCCGUCCGUGCGUAAACUCUCCAAAAUUGCCACUUUGCUGCUCGCCAAAAACUACAUCCUAAUGCAGGCGCAAGCGCUGGAAGAGAUGAGGAGGCUAGUGGCGUAUCUCAACCAGGGCCAAGCCAUCUCCGCGGCCUCGAUACCGGCCAACACGGCGCUCGCAGCUCCGGGCUUGGGCGCGUACGACCAGCCGCCCGGAUAUCCCUUCCCCGCCGGGGUCGCUGCGUCCUCCUGCCCCGAUAAAUGUAACCUGUUCAACAACGCCACCUCCAGCCUCUGCAAACAGUGCACCGACAAGCCUUAACUGCUCGUGGCAAAGACUCGGAGAAGCACAUGGGGAUAUCAGACACCACUUUUAAGAACACUUUUGGAGGGGGGAAACCUGCGAAGCUCCUGUGGUUGAAGUCAGUGGGCAUAGAGACAAAGAAGUAAUGCCGAUGAAUACUUUUAUAAUAUUUACUAAAUGCAUUCAAAACGCGCUUUUUUGUUCAAACAAUACUUGAUUAUGUAUAUAAAUCAUCCUUUAAGUGCUGGUAUGAAUGACAGUGGAGACCUAACACAAGUACAGUAGGCCUGCUUCAAGUGUUGAGUGAGUUGUUGAUCACUUGCCCUGUUAUGGAACCUUUUGGAGAUUUGGGUGACCUGACAACCUGCGACGUUUUCACUUAAAUAGAUGGACACCUUCCUGGAGCGUUAGUCCAACUUUCUGCUGCUUCCUUAUUUAUUUUGCGUUUUAUAUUUUUUUUUAUUUCAUUCACCUCAGUGACAUUUGCUGUUUGCUUACUGGUUCGAGGCCUGUUCUCAUUAACUUUUCCAUUGAGCACGUGGAAUGUCAUGAAGAAGGAAAAGUUCAAUGAAAUAGAGGAUAUAAAUGAAGCCACGUCUUUUAACCAGUCAGAUAUUUAUUUGCUAUUCCAGACACGUGUUAAUAGUUGCGCACGCCUAUCACAAUUCUGCGGCACUGUGAUAUAAUAAAAUUUCAGAAAAAUGUAGAAAAACCUGAUUCAUGUUGAUUCAUGACGUUUCGGGUGUUUCGGUGUGUCUUUUGUAAUUUAUUAAUUUGGAUAUUUAUAAUGGAUAAUUUGCUUGCAUUGCACAUUGUAGUGUUUAUCUUAGUAUGUUUUCUCCUUCAAAACAAGAUGAGGUUUCCAGAUGAAUCGCGUUGUCAGGUCAAGAUGCGGAUUAUUGUAGAUACUUCAGUUAUUAUAUGAGCAAAGAGGGCCAUUUGUAUGUAUUUCAGUGUUGAAAAAGCUUUAUUAAAAAUAUUUUGAACAACAGAAAUA